AUGCCCUCAAAUCUUGUCAUCUUACCGUGUCAUGCUAUUUGGAAAGGAGGUGCCUGUUACGGAGAAUCUGCUCAAGAAUGGCAUUUGGUAGACUUUCAGAAAGUAGGCUACGACCACUUAGCAUUUAAGAACCACAUCACGCAGAGUGUUUCGUACUUGAAAGAAAACAGUGAUGCUUAUCUCGUGAUAUCUGGGGGUCAAACGAAAGCUGAACUGGGCCCUGUUUCUGAAUCGCUUUCGUAUUAUCAGCUAGCAAGAACUCUUUAUGAACAAGAGCAUUUCUUUGAAGAAGUGAAAGAAAGAAUAACCACCGAGGAGUUCGCCCGUGAUUCUUUCGAAAACGUUCUCUUUCUGAUUUGUCGUUUCUACGAGGUUUUCCAGCGUUAUCCCGAAAGGAUUACUAUCGUAGGCUUUGAGUUCAAGAGAGCGAGAUUUCUCGACCAUCAUCUCCACAGGGCCCUCAGAUUUCCAUUAGAAAAGGUUGAGUAUAUAGGGAACUCGCCUGAUCCCAAGGACUUGGACCAAGAAAGAAGGCAGAAGUACUUCGAAGAUUUGGAUAAUAGCGAGUACAAAUUCGCGGUGAAGCAUUUUGACCAGGAUUGGUAUGGAAUUAAUGCUCCGUUGGCGACGAAGAAGAUGGGUAGAAAUCCAUAUAAUCGACACCAUGGGUAUCAACUCAGCAAUCCGGCAAUUGCUCUGUUUUUAAGUGGGGUUAAUGGAAGUAUACCGGUUAGUAAUGAGCAAUUGAGAAGUUUAUUGCAAGGAGUGCCCUGGAUUAAAGAAUAG